UUUGCCCUAGCUUUUUCCCCAAAUUUCCCAAACGCACAACCCAAAUUUCAUCUCUUCUCCACACAUGUUUGCCCUCGCUGUUGCCCGAAUUUCCAAACUGUAGAACCUGACUUCUAUCUUUUCCCCACGCAUCUUCAUCUCUUCGAUCUGACGCGCCUUCAUCUUAAUCGCUGUUGCCCGAAUUUCCGAAUUGCAGAACCUGACUUCAUCUCUUCUCCACGCAUCUUCAUCAUUCAAUUGAUCUCCUUGGUUUCCUUCAUUCAUCGAAUAUGAGGCAGUCGCUAAUCUCCCUUUGGGAAAAGACUACAAGAAGGAAGAAAUGGAAAUAAUGAUGUGUGCGGCACGCCUCUGCCUCUUGCAUUCAUCUUCUAGAAGGCCAACAAUGAAGACGGAUCUGAAGCAAAAGCUGAAGUACUUGCUAACAAUCACAGUUGGUCUGAAUCAGAGGCAAAAUAUUGAUAGAAUGGUUAAAAAGUUUUCUGAGGAUUUCCAACUUUUGCUUUUCCACUAUGAUGGUCGGACAAGUGAAUGGGAUGAAUUUGAGUGGUCAAAGAGCGCAAUCCAUGUUAGUGCAAGGAGACAAACAAAAUGGUGGUAUGCAAAAUGGUUUUUGCAUCCUGACGUUGUUGCAGCUUAUGAGUAUAUUUUUAUUUGGGAUGAAGAUCUUGGCAUGGAACACUUCAACGGGGAGAAGUUUACAGAAGAGAAACCUGGCUGUUGCAGUGAUCCACAUGUGCCUCCAUGUGUUGCUACUUGCAUGCUAGUUAUUGACAUGAAAAAUCAUGCUUUAGUGAAGAAAUGUCAAUUGCCUGUUGGCAAUAACGAAUAUUUAUGGUUCCUUAUAUACGACUUGUUAAUUGACACAUUUUAA